AUGUUUAUUUGUCUCUUUCUGUUCUCUGUCAUCUAUCAUUCUUUCGGUUCACAAUCUAUCACUGUUUUUUCUUUAUCAUUUAUCGAUCUUUCUUUCUCUCUGUUCACAGUUCUUUUUUCUUUCUCUCUUUUCUGUCUCUCUCUCUCUUUCUUCUUCUCUCUUUUUCUUUCUCUCUCUCUUUCUCUCUUUUUUCUGGAAGAAAAAAAUUUUUUUCUCUUAAAAUCUUUCUCUCUUUCUCUCUUAAAACUCUUUCUUUCUCUUAAAAUCUUUCUCUCUCUCUCAAAUAUAUUUUAUUUCUUUAAUGUUUUUUUUUUACCUUCUUUCUUUUUCUUUAUUUUAUCUGCUGAACAGCUGAAUUUGAACCAGAAGUUGGCGGUUUUAAACAAAACUACAAUUUUAUCUACUAUUUAUUCUAAUGAUCAAUUAUCUUCCUUCCAACUGUCUUUUUUUCAUCCUGUUUUUGUCUUUUAUUCUUUAUCCUGUUUUUUCUAUCUUUCUUUCAUCCUGUUUUUGUUAUUUUUCUUUCUUUCUGUUCAAAAUCUAAAAAUUUUUCUUUUUUCAUUCUCUGUUUUCCUCUUUGUUUCAUCCUCUGAAUUUCUCUUUCUUAAAUUUCAUUUCUUUUAUCUGUUUGAUAUUUUUUUUAAAUUCUUCAUUCCUUUUUUUUUUCUUAUUCUUUUCUUUUUUCUUCUUUUUUUGAAUUUGUUUCCUUACGUUUUAUUUCUUUUGUUUCCUUCUAAUUCCUUCAUUUUUCUUACCGGUUCAAUCUUCUUCCCUUUGUUUCCUUCUUUUUCUUGUUUCCUUCUUUUUUCCCUUCUUCCAUGUUUGUUUUUUCAUCCUCUUUUUUUAAUUUCUUCCACCUUUUUUCUUUCUUUCCUUUGUUGGAGACUUCCCUCUUUUUUCUUUGUUGUUUUUCUUCCCCUCUUUGUUUCCUUCAAAAAGGAUAAAAAAAAUUUCUUUUUUUUUUUCUUCUUCCCUCUUAGUUUUUAA